AUGUCCACCACCAAUGAAUUGGAGUCGGGAACGGUGGAGUGCCCAACGAGAGCGAUGUUGUCUUUGCCGGCUAACGAUCCGCGCCUGGACUUUAUCAGCUCGUUCACAUUGAGUUCGCUGCGGCUGAAGCAGGACAAAUGGCAUCGAAUGAUGGCCACCGAGUCUUUUCGUGUCAUUAUGUUUGAUUGGCUGCAUGGCGCGCAGCAGCGCCUCCUGGUUAUGACGCUCAAUCAUAGCGGAUAUUUGGUACCGAAAAUUGGGCUCACUGAGUUGCACCACAAUUAUGCACUGCAGUCAUCCCUAAGCUCAACAACAACAGCAUCAGCAGCUAUCACUGAUCCAUGUUCAACUGCCGUUGUGGCAUCUGCAGCUGCAGUUGCAGCAGCUGCUGUGUUGAUGCUGCCAAUGCCACCACCUUCCAGCAGCUUCUCGACGCUCGAUGGUGUGCCGCGUGGCAAAUGCGUUUACUUUGUGCGUCGAAGCGCGGACAUACCGCUGACCGCGGCUAAUUUCCGUACGCAAAUACUUUGCGGCGAUUUGCCAGUGCACAGCAAAAUAGAGACCCUGUCGCUGCUUUUCGAUGAAAUAUUUCAGCCGCUGCUCGAAUGUCCACUCAAUCGGAAAUCAUGGCCGAAGCCGGUGCAGAAGGAUUUGCAAAUACGCACCAAGGAAGUGCGCAACACGCUAGUUGAGAUCAAGGGGAAAACUAACAAUCGCACAAUUUUAUCAUUGCUAGUUGGACCAACCACCAUCGAAGAAGUAGCAACAGAUGUUAAUCAGGGCAAUUUGGCAUCGGCUAUCGAACCAAAGUUCCGUGCAGCGCUCGAGGAGAUGUACAUUAACUGGACAACACAGAUACAUGAAAUACUCAUCGAGCGUUCGAAAUGCACCGCCAGCAUGCAAACAAGGUGUACCCUCGAACAAAAUAAAGGUUUAGUGCCUGUAGCACUACCUGCACACGAAAUCACCUACUGGACUAACCGCAAGCAAAAUUUGCAAAAUAUUUACGAGCAAUUGCGCACACCAACGCACAAAACACUCACACACAUUCUCAAAAGCAUCGAUUCAGCGUACUAUGAACCGUUUGUACAGGUAUUCAAACGUUUGGUAUGCGCCUGGCAUGAAGCCGAGGACAACACACUAUGGCUGACGCCGCUACUACGGCAAACAGCUGCAUUCAACGCUGUCAAUUUUCAUGCAGCCGCCGAGCUGGUGAAUCCUUUAGUGCAUAUAUUACAUCUUAUUUGGACGCAUGCACGCUACUAUCGCAGCACACAACGCAUGACGGUGCUACUGCGGUGCAUUUGUCAGCUGUUGGUGCGACGUGCCAGCGAGGAUCUGGAAUUUCCAUUACUGUUUCAGGGCGACGCCGAUGAGGGCUUGACCAAAAUAACUAAGUCAAUUGAAGUUAUGGAGCAAUUUAAAUGCAAAUUGUUGGAGUAUAAAGAAAAGUAUUCUAGCAAUCAGCCACUGCUGCCAGCUCUGCCAAGCACAUCACGAGCGGCGGCAGUGGCGAUAGCAUCUACAGAAUCGAACGCUAACAAUAGCACAGCGCAUGAGCUCUGGCGUUUUUCACCCGUAGAUGUAUUUGGUUAUACACUUAACGGAUUUUUGGCGCAACUAAACGAUAUGCGGAAACUAUUUGAAGCAGCAGUAUCGUUUCAGAAUCUUGAGAAAAUUGAAUUUGGUGGCAUGCGCGGCAAGCAGUUGAACGAGCGCGUUCGACAGGUGCACACACAAUUCAAGGAGCUCUUUGAACAAUGGACUUUAACAGAAUUUGUUGCACCACACCUGGAUGCCCAACAGCCAAACAACAACAAAUGGGCGCAUUUCAAACGACAAUUACGCAACUUUUUCGAGCAAAUACACGCGCUGGAGCAGAAACUGGCUACGAUAUUCGUGCAGGGCUACAAGGACUGCCAAAACUGGGAGCAAUUAACUAAGCUGACGAUAAUGCUUGGCAGUGGCAUUCUACAACGCCGCACUAUUCUGCCGAAACUGUGUGUCAUUGAUUCACAUCUCCUUCAUAUCUACGGCGAGGAGUUACAGCAGCUGGAAGAUUCGGUGCAUGAAGUGCUGUUGGAAUUCGAAUUUCGCGGUGUGUCUGCCGUACCCAUUCAACGGGGAUUCCCACCCACCGCCGGUGCUCUAAUGUGGCUGGAACAGCAUAUGCAACGCACAGACGCUCUGGCAUGUCGUGAAUUGCAUAAAUUUUUGAUAAAAAUGCUCCGUAGCGCUGACAGCGAUAGCGUGAGGAGCGAAGCAAUUAGUAAUGCUGCUAGCGGGAAUAACACCGCCGUCAACACAGAAUACUUCAAUGAGUUUUGGAAUCGAGGUGUGGCCACAGAGGGGACCGCCAACACAGUAGACGCCUAUAAACGCCUAAAUACACGACGCGAUAUUUUGACAACAAAGCUUACCAAUUUGCAGUUGAAAAUCUGGCACAAUUGGCAGCAAACAAUAGACAAAAGGAUUACCAAAGGACUUGACGCACGUGUGAUGUCCCUGGGCGGCAAUACCAGCAGCAUGAGUGGCAACAACAGCAGCAAAGAACAUUCAACCGGCACAAGAGCAAAUUACACCUUUGGCGUGAAUUUCCGAAGCGCAAUCACCGCAGCGCUGGCGGAAUCGCGCAAAGCCAAUAGCAAUGAAAACAACAACCACAAUGCAAACAACAGCGAUUGCCAACAAAGCCACACCAACAAUAUCAAAGACGAACUAAUGUCGUCAUCAAAAGCAAAAUCAUUGCAAAUGAAGUUCUCGCCAGAUUUAUUUGGACUUUUGCAAGAAGCUAAGUAUUUGCUGGCAAUGCAGCAGACAAACAGCGUGCGGCGAGGUAGCAACAGCAGUAGCAACGACAUUAGCAUCAACAAUAUAUCACUGAACGAGGCUGCCGGCGCCAUGGAGACCACACAAGCUCAACAUGAAUUAGAAAACCAAUCGUCAGUUGAAGCAGCAGAAGUAGGAGCAACGGUAUGCCCGUCGGCGUGUACAUAUGUGUCGAUGGCACAGCAACAACAACAAAGACUUUACGCAUUGGAGAGCAUUUUACUGAAUUUGUACGCUGGAAGAGACGAGUUUUGGCAACGCAAAGUGAAACUCAUCAAAAUUCGUGAAUUUUACAAUGGCAUUCGUGGUCUUGCUGCGGAUGAUGGUUGCGAUGGGGGCAUCAUUGGCAGCGCUGCAGAGUUGCAAUUGAUUCGCCACGAAGUGGACACAAUUGACAAGCGCGUGAGGGAGGCCUGUGCCAAACUCACUUGGCGCGCGUAUGAUACCGCUUUGAUGAAUGAAAUCUAUGAAUGUUCAGAGCAACUCUACAAUCGCUUAAAACAAACACAACGCAACCUAUUGUCCAUUGUUCAAAGCAUACGGCGCUGGAGUCGUGAACCCCUCUACCAACGCAGUGCCUAUGGGCGAAAUCUAUUGGACGUACAACAACAACAAGAACGUUUGCGUCAACGACGCAUGCAAUGUGAUGAAACACGGCGGCUAUUGAAUCGGCUGUUGAUUGCCAAUUUUUGUUUAUUUUUCGAUUAUGAUCAGCAACGUUGUGAAAUUGAAGGACACGACGGCCAAUGCAUUCAAGAAUUUUUACGCAAAUUUCCUACUAUCCAAAGACGCAGCUAUAACAAAUACUUGGCCGAAGUUGACGCAUUAAUCAAUCGAGAAGUGCGAGUGGCUAUAAAAGUCAGUUUAGCGUAUUUUCACAACCAAAUGGCAAGCGCAAACGAAACUCAAGCAACGCUGUUGACAACGACAACAACAAAAACAACACCAAACACUAUAGCGAAUACGUGGACCAGCACACCUACGAAUGAUGAUGACACAGUCACGGGGGUGCAUACAAUCAAUUCACCUCAUAAUCAAGCAGAGGCGGCAGCAGGUAGCGCACAACAGUUGUUGUUACUACGCCCACAAACACCAACGGCGAUGAAACUGGCACCACCUACAACAACAACUAAUAGAGUAGGAUCUGCAAUGAGCAGCAGUACCAUUACAACGGCCCACCAUCACCACCAACUAAACAGACAAACAGUAAUGUCUGCGGCAACCGCAAUGCCUCUUUUUGAGGUGAAAUUAGAGUUGCUGCCAGCCGAAACGUUGGCAGACGCGAUGACUGCAACGGAUGCGUUAUAUACAAAUACGGAAAUACGUUUCGUGCCAUCAUUCAAAGUGAGUGUAGAAAAUAAUUUUCAACAAAUUGUCGAGCAGCUGCUGGAGGACAUACAACAGACUAGCCACGACUGCAUGCCACGACGAAUUGUUGACGACAAGGCGUUGUCUGAUGAAAACGAAGACAACGACGAAGAUGAAAGUAGUGGCAACAAAAGCAAAAACACCAACGAUAAUAGUGACGGUGUUGGUGAUGGUGACGACAAUACCGACGAUGACGGUGAUAACGGUGGGGUAGACGCAGCUAAAUGUAAUAAUAAUGAAUAUGUUACGCAAGGUAAAAACCUUGAAAGGUAUGCGCGGUUGCAGCACAAACGGGGCAAAGUAGAAAGACAGCGGCAACAGACACUACCCACGGCUAUGACAUCGUUGUAUGAGGUGGCAGCGGCAAAGCGUCAGCAGCUGCAUCAACAAGCGUACAGACUGGGUAGAUGUCGCGUCUCACAGAGGGGCAGCGAAGGCGCAUCGACGGAGGGCGCAACAUCGGCAACUGACACAGACAUCUCCUCCGAUGAACUACGCCAGCUAAAUGCUGACAUACGAACGGCACUUACAACAACUAUUCACGAUGCGGAACGUUUUGCCGCCCAAUUCAAUUCGUACACUUUUCUAUGGGAGCAACAACGUGAACAGAUGUUACAGACUACUUUGCAAGUCGCGCGCGAAAAGGAAGCUGUUACUGGAAAGGGAUAUGCCAUCAUGGAAGCAUUCAAAAUGCAGAUUGAUCGCUACAAUGAGCACCAUGAAUCCAUCGAACAACUGGCCGGCCAACAGCGCAUAAAUGGCUGGUUGAGCAUUGACUUGAAUCCGCUGAAGUAUGCGUUACUUAACCAUGUCUGCAAAUGGGCGCACCUACACAAACGCUGGCUCUUACACUACGUGGAGCGUACUCUAAAUGAGCUCACCAAUUUCAUUAGCCAUGGCCUGGCAAUUCUUCAAUUGCCCGUAGGCACGAAGAACUUCCAACGCCUCCUUCGCGUGCUGGCUGUUAUGGCACAAAUUCGUAAGCACGCCGUCUAUGCAGAUAAUAUGUUUAAGCCUCUAAGGGAUAUUAUUGCCUUGUUGAAAACAUAUAACGUUGAAUUUGAUCAGCAACUUUUGCGUGACAUCGAUCAUUUACCACUACAAUGGAAGCAUCUGAAGGAUGUUGCUGCCGCACGAUCGGAGGCGCUGGAGAGUGCUCAAUGCUACCAGAAAGAGCGGGUUAAUGCCAUGGUCGUCAUAUAUAUGUGUCGCUUACAGAAUUACGCUAAGCAGUUUCCUCGCUUGCCAUUCUUCUCUGUUCCUUGCCCUAAUGUGUAUGACCACUGUGACAAAGUUUGUGCGCGCUUGGAUUACUUUGCUUCCCUUCAUCGCCGCUACCUACGCUAUGCUACGCUGCUAGGCAUUGAUGCAGCGGAUUCAACAAUUUUGCAGUCAUGUGCUGCCGAAGUGAAACGCAUUAAGCAACUGUGGGACUAUGUCUACGUCAUUGAAUCGUGUAUAGUGGAGUGGCAUGCCACACCGUGGUAUAGCAUCGACACGGAUGAGUUGGAAACUGAAUGCAAAAAGUUUACACGCGAUCUACGCACUCUCGACAAAUGCAUUCGCGAUUGGGCGCCCUAUGCUUACAUUGUAGAUAUCCUGAAGGAGUUGAUGGCAUCAUUGCGCGCCAUUACAGAGUUACAAAAUCCAGCUAUCAGCGAACGGCAUUGGCUUGAGUUAAUGCAAGCAACCAAGCUGUCUUUUAAAUGCAAUAACAACACCUCCCUGGAGCAACUACUUCAACUGAAACUUCAUUUGCAUGAGGAGGAAAUAAAAAACACCGUCGAUCGCGCAGUCAAAGAAAUGACAGUCACCAAAGUGCUAGAUGAAAUCAAGAUCACCUGGACGCGCAUGCGCUUCGAAACAGAAAAACACCAGCGGCGUACGGAAGUGCAUUUACUUAAAGUUUCUGAAGAUCUAAUGGAAACGCUAGAUGAUAACCAAAUGCAAUUGCAGAAUAUCGCCACAUCCAAGAAUAUUGAAUAUCUACUCGAUAAGCUUAUCUACUGGCAACGUGUUCUAACUGACAUCGAUACACUGAUCGCCAGCUGGUUUGAUGUGCAACGUAAAUGGGUUUACUUGGAGGCGAUUUUCAUCGGCACUGCCGAUAUACGCGCUCAAUUGCCGUCGGACGCUGCACGCUUCGAGAUAAUCGACAGCGAGUUCACACAGCUGCUUGCCGAAGUGAUACACAUUGGAAUCGCUAUGAAAAUCGUAUUGCAGUGCGAUCAAAUUUUCAAAACAUUAACUACGCUGCAACAACGCUUGGCUGUAUGCGAGAAGGCUUUAAACGAUUAUCUGGAAACAAAACGUAUGGUUUUUCCACGCUUCUACUUCAUAUCCGCAGUCGAUCUGCUCGAUAUACUCUCAAAUGGCAACUCGCCACGCAUAAUUGAUCGCCAUUUGAUCAAGCUUUUCGAUUCUAUACUACGACUUCAAUACAUUUCGUGCACUGAAAGCGGUCCUUACAGGGCGAUCGGUAUGUAUUCGAAAGAGAAUGACGAGUAUGUACGUUUUGCAGCAGCUCACAUGGCCGAACCUUAUGUGGAAUGUGCAGAGCGUGUAGAGGUGUGGUUAAAUGGUGUAAUAUUGCAGAUGCGUAAUACGUUGCAUGAACUCUUUCGGCGCGCACUGCAUGCACACGUGAAUAAACCGCGCGAAUUGUGGCUGCACGAGUGGCCUGCACAGGUCGCGUUAUGUUGCAGUCAAAUUGCUUGGGCAGCAGAUGUGAAUCGUGCAUUUGCAUGGAUGGAUGAGGGUUAUGAGGCGGCCAUGAAGGAUCUCCACAAGCGCCAGAUGACGCAACUGAAUUCACUCAUCAACUUGCUGUUGGGCGAACUCACACCCGGCGAUCGUCAAAAGGUAAUGACUGUUUGCACGAUCGAUGUGCAUUCGCGCGAUGUGGUCGGCAAGAUUAUACAAGCUAAAGUCGAUAGUGCGCUGGCAUUUCAGUGGCAAAGUCAGUUACGACAUCGCUGGGAUGAUGCUAUGCUCGAAGCGGAGCGCCGACCAGCAGCAGCUGACGAGGACUGUUUUGCGAACAUCUGCGAUGCGGAAUUCCGUUAUGCCUACGAAUAUCUUGGUAAUACUUCGCGACUGGUUAUUACACCGCUGACGGAUCGGUGCUACAUUACACUGACGCAGUCGUUGCAUCUUGUAAUGGGCGGUGCACCCGCUGGACCAGCUGGUACAGGCAAAACAGAAACCACAAAAGACUUGGGACGAGCACUCGGCAUGAUGGUCUAUGUUUUUAAUUGCUCUGAGCAAAUGGACUAUAAAUCUUGUGGUAACAUUUAUAAAGGACUAGCACAAACCGGUGCAUGGGGCUGUUUCGAUGAAUUCAAUCGUAUUGCAGUGGAGGUACUCUCGGUUGUAGCCGUGCAAGUGAAAACAAUACAAGACGCCAUUAAGAUGCAUCGAAAUCGCUUCACAUUCAUGGGCGAGUCUAUCGCUCUGGUGCCAUCUGUAGGCAUAUUCAUUACGCUUAAUCCCGGUUAUGCUGGACGUACUGAAUUGCCCGAAAAUUUAAAGACACUCUUUCGCCCUUGCGCAAUGGUUGUACCGGACUUUGCGCUAAUCUGCGAAAUCAUGCUUAUGGCUGAAGGCUUCCAAGAUGCCCGUAUGCUCGCACGCAAGUUUAUAACACUUUACACACUGUGCAGAGAAUUGUUGUCCAAACAAGAUCAUUACGAUUGGGGUUUGCGUGCAAUCAAGUCCGUGCUGGUGGUGGCGGGCACACUGAAGCGUGAUGACCAUAGUCGCCCGGAGGAUCAGGUACUCAUGCGGGCUCUGCGCGACUUUAAUAUUCCGAAAAUUGUUACCGAGGACGUUGCUAUAUUCAUGGGUCUCAUCGGCGAUCUUUUCCCUACUUUGGAUGUACCACGCAAGCGCAUCUUUGACUUUGAAAAGACAAUACGGCGUGCAGUUAACGAGAAUAAAUUACAACCUGAAGAAGGUUUUCUGAUGAAAGUGGUGCAGUUGCAAGAUCUUCUGGAUGUGCGGCAUUCGGUGUUUAUUGUUGGCAAUACUGGCACGGGUAAAACGAAGAUUUGGCAAACACUACUUGAAACCUAUCGCAUACAGAAAUUGAAACCUGUGUGCAGUGUACUCAACCCAAAAGCGCUAUCCAAUGAUGAACUUUUUGGUGUCGUUAAUCCAACAACACGCGAAUGGAAAGAUGGACUUUUCUCGUCGAUAAUGCGCGAGCAGACGAAUUUGCCAGCUGGCAAUCCUAAGUGGAUUGUGCUUGACGGCGACAUCGACCCCAUGUGGAUAGAGAGUUUGAAUACCUUAAUGGAUGACAACAAAAUAUUAACACUCGCAAGCAACGAAAGGAUCACCUUGAAGCGUGAAAUGCGGUUACUUUUCGAGGUGGGACACCUCAAGGCAGCCACACCAGCAACAGUUUCCAGAGCCGGUAUUUUAUACAUUAAUCCUCAAGAUAUGGGCUGGGCUCCGUAUGUGCUGUCAUGGAUAGAAACGCGUAGUGACCCCAUUGAAAGAGGAACACUCACUACCCUUUUUGAGAAGUACUUCCCCAGCCUUAUGACUCGACAACGUACAUUCCGGCGUACGACACCGAUUAGCGAAAUGGCCAUGAUACAAAUGACUUGUCAUUUGCUCGAGAGCCUACUGCACAACCUGAAGCAGGUAAAUCAGCUCGUGGAGAUAACCGCUGACACGCACCAUAGCCUUAUGAAUCAUAGUGAAGCUGCAGCCAGUUCCUUGGAUCUAUCCAUCGAAUUAGUAUUUAUCUACGCAACAAUGUGGGGAUUCGGUUCGGCUUUGCACCAAGACCACAUUAUUGACUCGCGACGUGAAUUUCAUAAAUGGUGGACAAGUGAAUUUAAGGAUGUCAAGUUGCCUGCCCAAGAUUCAAUUUUCGAUUACCAACUGGAUCUGCGGACAAAUAAAUUUCGACGCUGGUCAGAGUUGGCGUUGGAGCGAAAAAUCGAGCCAAUAGAUACUGAAAUACCAAUACAGGCUUUGCUCGUGCCCACAGCGGAAACAGUGCGACUCACAUACUUCUUGAAAUUGCUUAUCGAACGCAGGCACGCUUGUAUGCUGGUCGGCACUUCUGGCUGUGGGAAAAGCGCAAUUUUUCGUGAACUUUUCACUGCUUACGAGAACGAACAAGGUGUAUGCGAAGCCGGUAGCGUAAUACAAAGGCAGCCGCUGGACUUAAAACGCAGUAAACUUAUAUCAACUAGGCCACGAAGCAUUACCGUGCAGACAACACAUUUCAACUACUACACCACAUCUGAGAUGUUCCAGAAGAUUCUCGAGCGGCCGCUGGAGAAGAAAUCGGGCCGCUGUUAUGCGCCAAGUGGCGCCAAUCGCCAUCUAAUUUAUUUCGUUAAUGAUCUAAAUAUGCCGGAAGUCGAUGUGUAUGGAACCGUACAGCCGCACACCAUUAUGCGACAAUUCAUGGACUACAGGCAAUGGUACGAUCGUCAACGUUUACAAUUGAAGGAUAUACGUCAUUGCCAAUUUGUGGCUUGCAUGAAUCCCACCGCUGGCUCCUUCACCAUCGAUCCCAGACUACAGCGGCAUUUUUGUGUAUUUUCCGUAUCAACACCCACUGAGGAUACGCUGCAAUUCAUCUUUGGCACCAUUUUACGUAGCCACUUGGAAAAUCCAUAUAACUCUUUCAGCAAAGAAAUUAAAAACAUGGGUGAGCUGCUAGUGCAGGUCGGCAUCGCUUUGCAUCGUCGUGUGGAAUACGCUUUCCUACCGACUGCGGUUAAAUUUCAUUACGCAUUCAAUCUUCGUGAUCUGACCAAUAUAUAUCAGGGGCUAAUGUUUAGCUGUGGCACGCCGGCUGGUCAAGCAGACAACACUGUCAGUAGUGCGAUUUUGGCUAACAAUGGCACGAUCUGUGCCAAGCCCGCCGACUUGAUACGUUUAUACGUGCACGAGGCAUAUCGUGUCUAUCACGAUCGCUUAGUGGAUCAAUAUGAUAUCAAAUCCUUCAAGGCGGCAAUACGCGAUAUUUUCAAGAAGGAUUUUGAAGACUUCGAUGAGGAUUUCGUGUUCGCUGAGCCACUUAUAUACAGCCACUUUGCGCAGUCGCUUGUGGAUCAGAAAUACAUGCCACUGCGCAGUUGGGACAAGCUUCAUCAAUUGCUAAUGGAAGCUCAAGCCAACUAUAAUGAGGUCGUAGGGUACAUGAAUUUGGUGAUGUUUGAGGAUGCAAUGAUUCAUGUUUGUCGCAUUAAUCGCAUACUGGAGAGUCCACGUGGCAAUGCUCUACUGAUUGGUGUCGGUGGCUCGGGUAAACAGACACUCGCGCGUCUCGCCUCGUUUAUUUCAUCAUUAAGUGUAUUCCAAAUUCAAUUAAAACGCGGUUUUGGUCUACAAAAUCUAAAGGAGGAAUUCGCCGCUUUGUACAUGAAAGUGGGCCUGAAGAAUGUCGCCUCGGUUUUUCUAAUGUCCGAUGCACAAAUACCCGAAGAAUCUUUGCUAAUGCUCAUCAAUGAUCUCCUGGCUUCAGGCGAGAUACCGGAACUUUUUAACGAAGACCAACUGGAGACGAUUGUCAAUGGUAUACGCAACGAAGUGAAGCAGAGUGGCACCCUCGACACCAAAGAGAACUGCUGGCGCUUUUUCAUAGAGAAAAUAAGGCGUCUUUUGAAAAUCGUUCUUUGUUUUUCACCCGUGGGGCAGACUUUGCGUGUGCGUGCACGCAAAUUCCCUGCAAUACUUAGCCGCACCAGUAUCGAUUGGUUCCAUGAAUGGCCCAAAAUAGCGCUUAAGUCUGUAUCGCAGAAAUUUCUCAGUGAAAUUGAUAUGCAAAUUUUGCCUCGUGACAUGGUCACACCUAUCGGUUGCUUUAUGGCCUACGUUCACCACACAGUCAAUCAGAUUUCGAAAAUUUAUUUGCAAAACGAAAAACGCUACAACUACACGACACCGAAAACGUUUCUCGAAUAUAUUUUCCUCUAUCGUAAAUUGCUGGUGGAGAGGAAUGAACAUACAGGACGAAUUCAACGUUUGCAGAGCGGUAUGGCUAAAUUGGCCGAGUGUGCUUGUCAAGUGGACGCGCUGAAGAACCAAUUAGCCAUCCAAGAAGUUCAACUAGCUGCAAAAAAUGCCGCUGCAGACAAGCUGAUCGUCAUCGUCAGCGCUGAGAGUGAGAAGGUGAAACGCGAAAAAUCAACUGCCUCUGAGGAGGAGAAGCGUGUGCGUAUCAUUGAAGAGGAUGUUUGCAUGAAAACGAAGUUGUGUGAGGAAGAUUUGCGCAAAGCUGAGCCAGCACUUGUCGCCGCCCAGGCCGCUCUGAAUACCUUGAACAAAAAUAAUCUCACCGAACUAAAGUCGUUCGGUUCACCACCCAAAGCUGUGGUAAAUGUGUGUGCAGCUGUUAUGGUUUUGUUUGCAAAAAAUGGCAAAAUACCACGUGAUCGCAGUUGGAAGUCAGCCAAAUUGAUGAUGGUGCGCGUCGAUCAAUUCCUCUUUGACUUGGUCAAUUACAACAAAGACAAUAUACAUCCAAAUAUUAUUGAAGUGUUGCAGGAAUAUUUGAAGGAUCCUGAAUUCAGUCCUGAGAAGGUUGUACAAAAGUCUGUAGCCGCGGCUGGCCUCUGCGCUUGGGUUAUCAACUUGCACCGUUAUCAUCAAGUGUUUCUCAUUGUCGGUCCCAAGCAACAAGCGUUGCAGGAUUCGCAAAAAGAAUUGCAGGAAGCACGCGAACGUCUGCAAUAUCUGAAAGUAAAAAUUAAUGAAUUCGAAAGGAAGCUGGCAGAAAUUCAAGCGGAGUUCGAGGAGGCUGUAGCUGCAAAACAAAUGUGUCAACGUGAGGCGGACAAAACGGCAUUCACAAUAGACUUGGCACAUCGCCUAAUUAAUGGACUGGCCAAUGAGAAUGUACGCUGGAGGGAAUCAGUUCAGAGCUUACAAGAAAAAAUUGGUACACUACCUGGCGAUAUCUUGCUAAUUUCCUCCUUCUUGUCAUAUGUUGGCUGCUUUACAAGACGCUAUCGGGAAGAGUUGCAGCAGAAGAUGUGGAUGACGAGCUUCGCUAAAAUUGAGCCUCUUGUACCGUACACAAUUGGUGUUGAUCCUCUGACGCUUCUGACCGACGAUGCACAAGUUGCGACAUGGAAUAAUGAAGGAUUACCCGUGGAUCGCAUGUCAACAGAAAAUGCAACUAUUUUAACGCACUCCACCCGCUGGCCACUGAUGAUUGACCCUCAGCUCCAAGGCAUAAAAUGGAUCAAAAAUCGAUACGGAGAUGAGCUCGUUAUUAUACGUCUUACUCAAAAGGGCUUCUUAGAUGUGUUAGAAAAAUCAAUGGCUAAUGGCAAUCCUGUGCUGAUUGAGCAAAUUGGUGAAUCGAUAGACACUGUACUGGAACCACUACUCAGUCGAGCUUUAAUCAAAAAAGGACGUUAUAUACGCAUCGGUGGCAAGGAAAUGGACUUUAAUAACAAUUUUCGACUGCUUUUGCAUACCAAAUUACCGAACCCACACUACAAGCCUGAAAUUCAAGCACAAACGACACUCAUCAACUUUACAGUCACUCCGGAUGGGCUAGAAGAACAGUUACUCGCUGAAGUUGUGAAAAUCGAGCGGCCUGAUUUGGAGCAAAUGAAGAUUGACGUAACAGUGCAACAAAAUAAAUUCAAAAUUUCACUGAAAGCCUUGGAGGAUGAGCUACUUGUGCGUUUAGCCUCAGCCAGCACGAAUGUGUUGGACGAUCAUGCGCUUGUCAUCAAUCUAGAGGCGACCAAGCACACAGUAGAUGAGAUUGAGCUGAAGGUGAGAGAAGCGCUCAUAACGAGCGCACAAAUUGACGAAGCGCGAAAUAUGUAUCGUGCGGCAGCAAAGCGCGCAGCCAUACUUUACUUUGUAUUAACCGAUCUCAGUCGUAUAAAUCCGAUCUACAAAUUCUCACUCAAGUCCUUUAUGAAUGUUUUCAAGAAUGCAAUUGCCAAUGCACCAAAGAGCAAAAAUCACGAGCGUCGUGUAAAUCAUCUGGUGGCGUCCAUCACGCUGCAAACAUUUAUCUAUACAAUGCGUGGACUCUUCGAAGCCGACAAACUGACGUUCACAUCACAUAUGAUCCUGCGUAUUCAAAACGCAGCUGGACAGAUUUCCAAAGAUGAAUUUGAUUUCUUGCUGCGCUUUCCACAUGACCCGAAUUCACUCUCUCCUCUGGAAUUUGUUAGUCGUAAGGCUUGGGGAGGCAUAAAGUCACUGGGCGCUAUCGAACAUUUUUAUGGCAUUGACAAGGACUUGGAAAACUAUCCGAAAAGAUGGAAUAAAUUCCUUGCCAGUGCAGCACCAGAACGAGAGCAAUUUCCGGGCGAGUGGAAGUAUCGUACGCCCCUGCAGAAACUGUGUAUUAUACGGGCCUUACGUCCGGACAGAAUGUUGUAUGCCAUGAGACAAUUUGUGGAACUUACGAUGGGCAAGGAAUACACAAAAACGCAUACACCAAAUUUUGCAGAAAUUUUCAAAGAAAUUAACGCCAAUACGCCGGUUUUGUUUAUUCUCUCACCCGGCGUCAAUCCCAUACGCGAUGUGGAGCAACUUGGUCAGCAGUUGGGCUUUCGCGUGGACUGCGACUCACUUAUUAAUAUUUCUUUGGGACAAGGCCAAGAGCAGCUAGCGGAAGAGGCCAUUAUAAAUGCCUUGGUCAAUAAGAAGCAAUGGAUCGUACUGCAGAAUAUUCAUUUAGUUGUUAACUGGCUUCCUUCUCUAGAGAAAUUAAUCGAACGCAUUGCCGCCGAAUCUGAGGUCAAUGAUGACAACACCAAUUCUAAUUUUCGCUUAUUUAUCAGUGCCGAACCAGCACCAGAUCCAGAAUACCACGUCAUACCGCAAGGCAUACUUGAAUCCUCGCUAAAAAUAGUCAAUGAACCACCGUCAGGAAUGGCUGCCAAUUUACACAAGGCUUGGGACAACUUUUCACAGGAAUCUUUGGAAACUUGCACACAAGAGGCCGAGUUCAAAGCCAUACUCUUUGCGCUUUGCUACUUUCAUGCUGUGUCGGGGGAGCGCUGUAAAUUUGGUCCACAAGGCUGGAAUAAGGCAUAUCCCUUCAACGUUAGCGAUCUCAUCAUUUCGGCCAACGUGUUGCAUAAUUAUUUGGAAGGCAGCAGUCGCAUACCGUGGGAGGAUCUCCGCUACCUUUUCGGUGAAAUCAUGUAUGGUGGCCAUAUUACGGACGACUGGGAUCGUCGCCUCUGUCGCACAUAUCUCGAAGAGUUAUUGCAACAAGAGCUAAUUGACGGCGAUUUGGAAUUGUGUCCGGGUUUUGUCGCACCUCCUAAUCUUGACUAUCAAGGUUAUCAUAAUUAUAUUGACGAAAUGUUGCCGGCCGAAUCACCUGUGCUCUAUGGACUGCAUGCAAAUGCAGAAAUAGGCUUCCUUACCAGUGCUUCCGAACAACUACUUAAAACCAUAUUCGAACUACAGCCACGCGAAUCUGAACUUUGCACAAAUUGUAGUGCACCACGAGAGGAGCUUGUGAAAAUCAUGAGCGAAGACUUUCUCGAUAAAAUGCAGGAUGAGUUCAAUUUACAGGCCUUGCUGAACCGCGUGGAGCGUAAAACGCCAUUCGUCGUGGUGGCGCUGCAGGAGUGCGAACGCAUGAAUGCGCUGAUACGUGAAAUCAAGCGAUCGUUGCGCGAGUUACUGUUAGGCUUAAAGGGUGAACUCACCAUAACUCCCGAUAUGGAACGUCUGGAUCAUGCUAUUUUCUAUGAUAGCGUGCCGAUAACUUGGGCUCUGUUGGCUUAUCCCAGCACGCUGGGAUUACAAAGUUGGUAUGGAGAUUUGUUGCAUCGUAUAAAAGAAUUAUCGAGUUGGCUUAAUGAUUUUAAGCUACCCUGUACCAUUUGGCUUGGGGGAUUGUUCAAUCCCCAAAGUUUCCUCACGGCCAUUAUGCAAGAGAGUGCACGAAAGCAUGAUUUGCCUUUAGACCGAAUGUGUCUUAGUUGCGAGGUCACGAAAAAGGAGAAAGACGAUAUUACAUUGCCACCCGCUGAAGGCGCACUCGUGCAUGCUCUCUACUUGGAUGGAGCCAGUUGGAAUUGUCAGCUUAAUUCUAUUGUACCAUUGCCACCCAAGGAACUGUUUUGCGCUAUGCCGGUGAUUUAUAUAAAAUCUAUUGUGCAGGAGAAACAGGAGUCGCAACGUAGCUAUGAGUGUCCCCUAUACAAGACAAGAUUGCGCGGCAGCACCUACGUCUGGACCUUCAAUUUGAGAACUCGUGAACGGCCAGCUAAAUGGAUUCUUGGCGGAGUGGCUUUAUUGCUACAGUCAUAA